CAAAUAGCAGGUGUUUGAAAUUUGCGGCGACACUGUCAGUCUGUUACAGCGGUUCUAAGUCCCUCAAAAACACGCACACCUCAUACACCACCAGACCCACAAAAUCGCAAUGUCUGCCGGCGCAGAGACCACCACUGAGCUUCUACCUUCCGCGGGACGGGUGUUCUUCCAGCCAGCACCCGGCGUUGGGUGCGCUGUCUCCGGACCCAUGGCUCGGGAAGACCCGGUCCAGAAAAAGCAGGGGAAAGUGACAGUGAAGUACGACAGGAAGGAGCUGCGGAAGAGACUGAUACUGGAGGAAUGGAUCAUCGAACAGCUAAGCGAGCUGUACGACUGCGAGGAGGAGGAGAUGCCUGAGGUGGAGAUAGACAUUGAUGACCUCCUGGAAGUAAACAACGAAGAUGAGCGCGCUGUGAAACUACAGGAGUCCCUCACAGACUGUUAUAAGCCUACUGAGGAUUUCGUCCGGGAGCUACUGGGCCGGAUCAGAGGCAUGCGGAAACUAAGUGCCCCUACGAAGAAAAGUCUUUAAUGACCAACGUCCACACACACUCACACACACUUCACUCACUCCCUCACACACACACACACACACAUCGACACAUACACACACACACACACACACACACACACACACUGGGCACAAGGACACGUGCCAUUGGACACGUCCCUACACUCCCUAAUGGGUCCCAAUGCCCCAUUAACCAACAAGUAGUCAGGACUCAACAUCCCAUAAUCCCAUAGGUACUGUAGUAUAGCAGAUCCAGUGUACUGGAAACUCAGCUAUUCGCCUUGUAGGCUUCUGUGAGGACUCCACUUCCCAGAAUUCAAUAUGCCUCAUAGACUCAGCAUCCAAGAGCACCCAACACAACUGACUCCAGCAGGAAUCCUUAACUGAGACAGUGUCCCACGCCUACACUCUAAGAACUCAGCUUCGUCACCUUGUCCAUUGGACUUUAAGACACAGGGGUUUUUAGAAAUGGUUCUUUACUCUUGUAUCUAAAUAACUUAGCUACUAUUUAUGUACAGUUAGUAUGAAAAGCUAAUGGCUGUGAUCUCUUAACUGUAUGUGUUAUUGUUUUGUUUUUCAUUUAUUUGAAAAAUCAUCAUUUAUUUUUUUUUUAUCAUUUUUUUUGUACUGCAAUUGUUCAAUCUUUAGGCCACUGGUAGUACACUACCCAAUCACUGUCUCUGGUGGUGCAGUGUGGCUACACUCUUUCACACUCUUUCUUUGGUCUCUCUUUUCACCUCCAUCAACGCUCACUUUGUCUCUCGCAGGGUCAGGGGGGUGCUACAUCUCUGAGCUGGGGCUGAGUUGUGCAAACAGAAGAUCAUUUCCUUUACACACACCCCUCCCUCCCUUUAUCCACCAAUCAGGGCUUUCACAAGUAGGUGGUGGACAGGUAAAAAGCCAAUCAAUUCAUGCGAUUAGCCAUUACCCCACUCUGGUACGCUCACACCUAUAUAUUCCUCUCAGGAUUAAAGACUACCUAGUUUUGCUAGUAUCUGAUCUAUAUUCAACCCAGCUCACAUUGUAGAGAUGUUGGACACCAGCCACACUCCCUGGAGAACUGGUGUGUGGGACUAGCUCUUCCAUUUAGCAAAGCAUGAUGGGAACUGUAGUCCUGAAGCCUCUGGUGGAAGGUACUAUACAGGUCCUGGAUGAUUAGCAGCCUUCACAAAAGAGAUCAGUAGCAUCGUUAGCUUGUCUCAUAUUGCAUCCAUGUUAAUGCUAAACCAACCAAGGCUCCUGUCAGCGUACAUAAAGGGAAACAUAUCAGCAUGUUAA